CGAUACUUCCUUCAACGAGAGUUAGUUUGUUUCCUUUGUGUAGCGCGAGAGCAGCUAACAGCUAAUCUGCGUCUUCAAACCGCAGCGAGCGUCGCAUCAGCACAACAUCCAUCCGUGGAUCCACCUCAGACCGGUCAGACCGACUCACCUGUGCGCCACUCGUUCAGACAGUGAAUCACCUGAGUUGUUUCCAUGGCUUUAAGAAGAGGACACAUCAGGUACCUGAAGGUUUGCGAGGUGCAGGCGUCUCAGAGUGAUGUCAGAGACGCUCAGCUCGUCACCAAAGGAGCCGUUGGAAAGGAGCUGUAUGACAACGGCUUCAGUGAUCAGCUGAUGGAGGACGAGGACGCGAGGACGAACCUGAUCGUCAACUAUCUUCCUCAGAGUAUGAGUCAGGACGAACUGAGGAGUUUGUUCAGCAGCGUCGGAGACGUGGAGUCAGCCAAACUCAUCAGGGACAAGGUGGCAGGCCACAGUUUAGGUUACGGCUUUGUUAACUUUGUUAACCCUAAUGAUGCAGAGAGAGCUAUCAGUACCCUCAAUGGCCUGAGGCUACAGUCUAAAACCAUCAAGGUGUCGUUUGCGCGACCGAGCUCCGACACGAUCAAAGAUGCGAAUCUGUACAUCAGCGGUUUGCCGAGGACGCUGAGUCAGCCGGAGCUCGAGGACAUGUUCACUCGCUUCGGACGCAUCAUCAACUCCAGAGUUCUGGUGGACCAGGCCUCAGGUGAGUGUCUUUCUCGGGGCGUGGCCUUCAUCCGGUUUGACAAGCGAUCUGAGGCAGAAGACGCCGUCAAACACCUGAACGGGCACACGCCCCCCGGGAACUCUGAGCCAAUCACAGUCAAAUUUGCUGCCAACCCCAAUCAGGGCAGGAACUCUGGAAUGAUGUCACAGAUGUACCACGGCCAAUCACGGCGCUUCGGAGGACCUGUCCAUCACCAGGCCCAGAGGUUCAGGUUUUCCCCAAUGAGCGUGGACCACAUGGGCAGCGGGGGCGGGUCCUCGUCCAACUCGUCUUCUGGUUGGUGCAUAUUCAUUUACAACCUGGGUCAGGAGGCGGACGAGGCCAUCCUGUGGCAGAUGUUCGGGCCCUUCGGCGCCGUCGUCAACGUGAAAGUGAUCCGAGAUUUCAACACAAACAAGUGCAAAGGCUUCGGCUUCGUUACCAUGACGAACUACGAGGAAGCCGCCAUGGCGAUCCACAGCCUGAACGGGUACCGAAUGGGAGACAAGGUCCUGCAGGUGUCGUUCAAGACCAGUAAGGGACACAAGUAGAGGAGGAAGGAAGAGAGAGAGAGGAGACUGGAGGAGGAGGGAAGAGAAGACUAGAGAAGGGAAGAGAGGAGAGGAGACUAGAUAAGCGUCUUGAUUUUCUCUGAAACAAACGUAGAUUUUUGUUAGUUCUGUUUUUUUCCCAGCAUGCUCGGGUUCUUUGACAUCACUUGUUGCAAACUGAUGGUUACUGAUGUAACAGAGUUCACGUGUUGAGUGAAAUGGAGGCUGUGGGUCAAAGGUCACUGCAUUAGUUGUUUUUUUUUUAAAUAAAGUUUAUCUCUAACAUGUUUUUGAUUCCAAGUUAAUGCUAAUGUGUCAGGUGAUGUGCAGCAGUAGGCGGGGUUUAAACAUUUUAUUUCCUGUUUUUAUAAUGCUUCAUGUCGUGAUUCUGUUCAUUUGUAUUUUAUUUUUGUAUCAAGUUUAUUCAGUAAUAAAUCUGAACGUUUAGUUUCA